AUGGAAAAAGUAAAUCCAUAUGAGAACAUAAUCAAAGGUAAAUACACCUCAUUUUACCUACCCCAUCAUGCGGUUGUAAAACCAGACAAAAAAACAACCAAGGUAAACAUGGACGUGGAAAUGCAUGAAGCCAAACCAACUCCAACUCUCCGUUCGACAAUCACCGUGUCCCGCUCGGCAGCACCGCCAGUAUCAGCUCCGCGUUCUUCUGCGCCACGUACCGCAACAGCCCCGGCCGCAGCGCUACGCAACGUUACGCCUCGUCCCGCCGCCGCUCCGACGGCACCUCCCCGUGUGGCGCUUGAGCUUCCACAAAGGAGCCCAUCAGAAAUGCAAGGCGAGUAUGCAGCCGCCGCAGCGCCAGCAAGUCGCGCAAGCGCAUGGGUACUGCCUCAAUUGCUUGGCGCUAUCCCACGCAACGAGGGAAUGCGACUCCCCCAUCAGGUGCCAACUAUGCGACAGACCGCAUCACACGCUGUUGCACCGCAUGUUCGGACGUCCGAUGAUCGAGACGCCAGUGCCACGCAACCAUGGGCGGCGAAGGCCGCACGACAGCAGUACAGCACGAUCGCGGCGACCACCAGUACAGCAGGGCCACCGCACUUGGAACCAUCCUGGGGCUCGAUAUCGCGCUCCAGCGGUCACACAUCGCCGGCACCAGCCUACGCAACGUCCUCGUCGUGCAACCGGAAUCAGCAACGUAGUGGAGACCCUGCAGCAACUCCAGCAACUACUAGGCUGAAGACUCGCCUAGGGGGGCCGGGAUGGAAAAUGAGUUCGACCGUGAAUGGCUCCGUGGAAUAG